GUGUGUGUGUGUGUGUGUGUGUGUGUGUAUGUGUGUGUGUGUGUUUGUGUCUGCAUGCGCAGAUGAACACAAUGAUGUGCACGAACGCAUGGCAUAAGUAUAUCUCGCUCAUCAUAUCACAGCAAGGCUACCGGAUCUCAAAACAUACAAUACCUUCUUCCCGUGGCACUGACACUCUCGGUCCGGCUUGUGUAUAUAAAGUUUGCUCCGGCUGAAGCGGAGUCAGUGCCUCCACGACCGACGGCGGAGGACCAAGAAAAUGAGAUCGUCAGCGAUAAUUUCAGUGCUUGUCCUAGUCCUCACCCCGCAAUGCCUUGCUAAUAAUGAAAGGAGGGAAUUAAUAUUCUAUCUCUCUCGGGAACUUUUGGGGCAGUGGCUAACCACAGGUGCGAACUUUCUGACACAUCCAUGCACCCUUGUGGUGAAACCGAAGCUCACCAACUGGAUGAUGAACUAUGAAGGCAUAUUCAGUUGUCCCGGAUGGUCUGACAUCGAAGGCAAAUCCAUAACACGUUGCGAAAUGAGCACGGCAGAGAGAGCCGUGCAGAAUUUCCUCGCACUAGGAAUUGAUCAACAUCUCUUCAGACGUGUGGACGCGAGAAUCUGGCUCUCCCAGCGCUUCACUAUUUACCAACUUAAUGUAACCAAAACACGUUCAUUUCCUGUGUAAGAACAAUAACCGACAUUAAAAAAGGUGUAUUUCCUUUAGUCUAAUCAAGUAAUAAAUUAUAUCCAUAUUAA